AUGGCCGCACCGCAAAAGGAUGGACGAUGGAAAGGAGAACUGCGAGCUUGUCAAGCUUGCCGGUCGAGGAAGAUUCGGCCUACCAUUGCGGCGAUCAACGCUCUGAAAGAGGAGAACAAAGCACUGAAAGAGUUGCUGAAAACAGCUGCGGAACGUCAGGUCGCUGAACCUUCAGUGGAGACGAGGGACUCGCCCAAGGCUGCUGAGAGCCUGUUACUGCUGGCCAACCAGCCAGCGCCUUUCCAGGAUGCUCUUGACAGUCCUAUGAAGACUUCGCCUCCGGUGCAGCAGAGGCAAGAUUCGAUGCCCCACGACGACGAGUCCUCUGAGGAUGAGGAGGACACCCCUGAUGUGUUUCCGUUUCUGUCCAUGGAUGAACAAGGGAACAUCAACAGCUUUGGUCCGUCGUCAGCACUGCAAAGCAAGAUCCAGUGCCCCAAAUCCACAACUUCCGUGGCGGCGCAGCAUAUCCAGAAUGGUUUGAUAGCCAAAGCUGCGCUGUCGCGCCAGAGUGAGCACGAAAUAUGGUCUCUGUCCGACAUCGAUGGUGUGCCGAUCGAUCUGGCCUUCCAUCUGCUGGAAUUGCACUGGAACCGACAACAUCAUACUUUCCUGCUGACUUACCGCCCUGCUCUGAUCCGCGACCUCAUCCAUGGAGGACCGUAUUGCUCGAGAUUCCUGGCCAAUGCCAUUUUCGCUUGCGCCAGCAAAUUCUCAAGAAGAGUAGAAGUUCGAACGGAUCCCUCAAACCCACUCACAGCAGGAGCUCGCUUCUUUGAGCGAUGCGAUCAGCUCCUCCAUCAGGAUUCCCUUCUCACAAUUCCUCGGAUCCCAACGGUGGCAGGCUUACUGCUUCUCGGAUCCACAUACAUCGCACGCGGAGAGACUUCCAAAGGCUGGCUAUAUACUGGUUAUGCUCUACGAAUGGUCUAUGACCUAGGCCUCCAUUUAGACCCAGAUCUCAAGAGCGAAGAUGCCGAGGAAGUGGAGAUCCGGAGACGCCUUUUCUGGGGUGCUUUUAUAUACGACAAACUGCAGAGUUUAUAUCUAGGGAGACCGAUCGCAAUUCACAUCAGAGACGCACACGUGUCUCUGGAACUGCGCGAUACGUUUGAGGAAAAGGACCUCUACGCUCCAUAUGUGGACCCGGUGUCGGAUGGGAGCGGCAGCAACACCACGUUCGCGCCGCCAAGUCCAGUAUACUCGGUCUCGUGCUUUCAGAACUUCUGUUUACUGUCUAAAAUAAUGACCAGGAUCAUCAACAAAUUCUAUGUAAUUGGAGCAAAGGCCAAGACAGCAAGGGCCAGCCUCGAGACCAUUGACCAUCAUCUGGUCCGCUGGAUCGAGCAACUUCCCAGCCAUCUCCGGCUUCGUCUGGACAAGCAUGAUAAGGUCGGAUCUGGGCCGAGCACCGCGAGUCCAAAUGUGCUCAACCUCCACGCAAUCUACAACUCUCUCAUCAUCCUUCUCCAUCGCCCCUUUAUUGCCGAUGGCCACCUGCACUCGCCUUCCACUUCGAUCACAUCGUGGAAACGAUGCACGAUCGCCGCCAAGGCCAUCACGAGUAUUGCUCUCGCAUAUCGGUCAUCCUAUUCCUUGAGGGGCGCUGCUUACCUCCUCAGUUAUGCUCUUUACGUGGCGAGUACGAUUCAUGUUCGCAACGUGGCAACCGGAGGAAAUGAACAGGGGGCGGAGCAUUCGACGCUCCUAGCUUGGAGCUUGCUCUGCCUACGAGAACUGCAGACUCCGAAUUGUGGAGUGACUGUGCCUGUCAAAAUCAUACAAGAUAUAAUCCGGACGCGAGGAAUCAGCCUGCCGUCGGACGCAGACCUCUCGACGCCUGGCGCUCCUCAAGAUCACGACAACCUACAUGAUCUCGGAGACUUCGACAUGGAUGCCAUUUUCGCUACUUUCCCGUCUGGCACAGCCUCUAUGCAAAAUGGCGGUGACACAGGGUUAGCAGAUUCAUCCAAUGUUUUCGGACAACCUGACAUUCUGUAUGGCUUUAUGGAUGGCCAAUACUUGAUGAGCGAGGAUAACUCCUCCCAGUGGUACAAUGAUCCUAUUUAA